UUCAACCUUUUUUUCCCCUGCCUCGACUCUUCGCGUCUUCUUCUCCCUCCACACCAUUAACAAACCCAGCACCGUCUCUUAUCUUCAAAACCCUAAAUCAUCACUCAAAAUCUCCCUUAAACCCUUUUAUAAAAAGCACUAAACUUUACCCAGUUUUCCUAAUAUUCUUUUUAAAAAAAUAUUUGCAUACAGUACAGUACUCCAUUUAUAGCAAAGACUCAAACUUUCUACUGCUAAACCCACUUCUUUGACUUUUAGGAUCUUUGAGGAUCCAUUUUCUCUUGUGGGUCGUUCAAUUUUUUGCAAAAAGAAAAUGGCUGCAAAUCGGAGACGGGUAGGAGAUGAUCGGUUUUAUAGUCCGCCGGCAAUGAGGAAGCAGCAAAAAUUGAAAGCAGCCAAGUCAAGAAUUGAAGCGGAGAGUAGAACCGAGUCUGAUGAUGGAGCAUCCUCUACGGCGUCGUUUUCAUCGAUUAGAGUUGAGAAUUUGACCAAUUUGGAUCGCUUCUUGCAGCAUACCACUCCUAAAGUUCCUGCUCAAUUUUUUCCCAAGACAAUCAUGAAAGGGAUGAGAAAUCUUGACAAUGAUCCACUGCCCUACUUCAUCUUGGGUGAUCUUUGGGAGUCUUUUGGGGAAUGGAGUGCGUAUGGGGCAGGAGUUCCUCUGGUUUUAAAUCAGAGCGAUUGCGUUGUCCAGUAUUAUGUGCCAUAUUUGUCUGGGAUUCAACUUUAUGUAGACCCUUCGAGGUCCUCUAUCAAGCAGAGGAGACCAGGUGAAGAAAGUGAUUCUGAUUCUCUCAGGGAGACAAGUAGUGAUGACAGUAGUGAAUAUGGAGCUGGAGCUUCAAGGGUAGCCAAUAAAGUUCAUGGAAGUUGGAAUCAGCAGAAUAUGAUUGGCUCAAGUAUUGAUGUAAUCAAGCAUCUCUCCCUAAAAAAAGACCCUUUCUUGGAAUCUUCAGGCGAUGAGAAUGAGAUGGGGAACGGUCUCCUUAUAUUUGAAUAUUUUGAGCGGAAUCAACCAUAUGGUCGUGAACCUUUAGCUGACAAGAUUUCAGGCCUUGCAUCUAAAUUUCCUGAACUGAAAACCUGUAGGAGCUGUGAUCUGACUCCUGCAAGUUGGAUUUCUGUGGCUUGGUAUCCCAUAUAUAGGAUACCCACAGGACCAACUUUGCAAAAUCUUGAUGCUUGCUUUUUGACGUACCAUUCUCUUUCAACACCUGCCGGUGCUUUUGCAGUUUCUAGGACUGACUGGCCUCAACAGCAUGGUACAACUAUUAGUAGAGGCAUUGUUGGUACUGGUACGUCUGCCAAGCUACCUCUCUCAACCUUUGGGCUGGCCUCCUACAAAUUCCAAGUACCAUUCUGGUUUCCUGAUGGAGUUAAUGAAUGUCAGAAGGUCAACUCUCUGUUACGAGCUGCUGACAAUUGGCUCCGGCUUUUGCAAGUUAAUCACCCUGACUACAGUUUUUUUGUGUCACAUAACUCGUAUCGGAGGUGAAGCUCGUCUUAUUUUCUUGUAAGAAUAACAUCCCGAUAUACGAGCUGGUCACUGGGUAUAGCAAAACUAGACUUGAAAGUAGCCUUCUGUUUAUGCAAUACAAGCUUUUGUACUUUUAUUAGUUACUGAAGAUAGAUGAGUGGUAAGGUUUGCAGUAGGGUCAAGAGUGACAACAUCUUUACUGUUUCCUAUAGCACCUUACAUACAUUGGAGCUUCCUCAAUCAACAGUGAGUUCCUGGAAAUGAUGUUCUGAGUUUAAUGUGGCGACCACAAAUUAAUGUUGAUUUUAAAACGAUUGGGCUGAUUUUAUGUAUAUCGUGUACAAAUAAAUGGUCUGUAAUACCUCUAGUAUAAUAUCACCUUACAGUAUGUGCCUUUGUUUAUA